UUUUAUGUAGUAGUUAAUUUCAUGAUGACAGCCACAACAUUUGUCUAGUUAACAGAUUUAAAGACACUGUGGAAUUACCUUUGAUUUUUUUUAAAUAGGAGGGUUUGUGUUGUGUGUGGUGUUUAUAGAACUGAUUUUGGUGUACAGCAGUGGUAAAUCAAAUUUAAGAAUUGAUCCAGUGUCCACGAGUCACUUUUAGCUCCAGCAUUCACUUACAGUCUUAUAAAAAUGUCCUGUAAGUGAUUACAUUAACAAUUAAAUAGGCUCAUGACUGACUUUAUUUCUUUGGGCACAGAACAAAACUUGUCAUAAAUACUUUAAAAUGGAAUUUGACUGAAUGCAUCUCAGGUUGGUACAGAAGUUCUGAGCAGCACAGUUCUUAAAUUAUAUGAGCAUAAACUGUAAGAGGACUUGUUCAGGAACAUAAAGAGGAUUUUGUCUGGGCUGCAGAGGGGGCAUGAAGAAGUCACUUUUCUGCCAUCACUCAGUUUUGAAAUAGGCAGCUUAGUUUGUCCUGUCAAACUGUAGUUGUGGUUGCGGCUUGGACAGCUGGAUGUCGUAACUCUGGCCCCUCACCUGAACGGUAUUAACCUCCUGUCUAUUGAUCAGCAAAGGCAUAAGAGCGCAAAUAUUUCAGGUUAGGGUUUUGUAAACCUAGAUUAGGCUAACGGAUUGAAAAAAAAAUGAAAGUAGCUGUAGAGAUUUUUGUUUUCUAGUUGGCAUUUUCUCUAUAGCUUAGUAUCUGAGAAGCCUUUCUGAACCUUGUGAUAAGCUGCACUUGCUGCCGUGCAAUUCCAGCAGAUGUGGUGUUGUUUGACACACAGCAUAGAGUAGUAAAUUCUGGUGACCACACCUAAGUUGCGGCCCACAAUGCCUUUUUGUAAGGGAAGCUGAGAUGCUGGAGCAACCUGGUCCUUCUAAGCUUCCUUGAAAGCUGUCUGCCCAGAUUUGGUAACUGGGUCAUGGUGUAAAGCUGCUGCGGGCUCAGAGGGCCUUGAGCACGUUGGAAUCGCUGCUGCUCCUGUGAAACACCCAGGGCAGGAUUUGCGUAACCAGGAGAUGUACUUCGCUGGUCAAAGCCUGGUGGGGACAUCUAUCUGUACGCUCCACUUGAAAUGUUGGCUGGAGCCCAGCUUGGUUGUGUCUUUGCUGUUUAGGUGCAGUUGGUUGUCAGCUGUGAGCUUACGCUGGGAGGAGAACGUGGGUUGCUCGUGGCAUCCCAUGUAAUGGGCCCAAACACACCCCCCUCUGCUCCAGUCUGGUUCCUGUGUCUCGUCUGCUCUCAUGACAGUGUCAUGUGGCCAUGGUAGGCAAACAUGGGCAUCUGGAUCCUGUUUUGCCUGGUCCUGCUGCUGUGCAUUAUGAGAACAUGUAAGGAUGUGUAGCACAUUUGGACUCCGGGUGUCCUGGGAGUAUCAGGAAUAUGCCACACCAGGGCAGUGGACAUCGGUAACUGGUGGUGUGACAGGCAAAGUAUUAGCCCAGGAGAAUGCUUUGCUGUAACCUGCUUUCUGAUAUGGGCUAACUAGUGCAGCCUGGACACAGUCUGACAUGCCAGGACCGAGACCGGUGAAUCUGAUUCUCUUUUAGUCCCUUGCUUACUCUCCCUCAUGAAGAUGAGGUGAUUACUGUAGAUGCUCCUGUAUCCCGUAAGCUUAAGUUUCAGCUUCAGCAUGAUGGAAAAUUUCCUUUUCUUCCUCCUCUGCUUUAGGGUGUGAGUGGAAACGAAUAUAAAAUUUCAUAUUGGAAAGAGGACAAGGAGGACAGAUUCAUCUCUUAAUUUUGUACAGACAAAAGAAGAGAUAGCUGGGAAGGAGAAAAACGGAGAAAAAGCCCUCGUCCCUCUUGUGGAGCCUUCUGCUGGAGUUCAGGAAUUUCAACAGAGUGAUCUUUUGGCAUAAACUGGUUUUUCAAGAGACAUUCCUGCCAUUAUGAAUGAAGUAGCAAUAGUGAAGGAAGGCUGGCUUCACAAACGAGGAGAAUACAUCAAAACGUGGAGGCCACGGUAUUUUCUCCUAAAGAACGAUGGCACGUUCAUUGGCUACAAGGAGCGACCGCAGGAUGUCGACCAGCGGGAAUCACCUCUAAAUAACUUCUCAGUAGCUCAGUGCCAGCUGAUGAAGACAGAACGACCUAAACCAAACACAUUUAUCAUUAGAUGCCUCCAGUGGACCACAGUAAUUGAAAGAACAUUUCAUGUGGAGACUCCAGAGGAGCGGGAAGAAUGGACAAAAGCCAUCCAAACAGUAGCAGACAGCCUCAAGAAACAAGAGGAAGAGAUGAUGGAUUUUAGAUCUGGCUCUCCCAGUGAUAAUUCAGGUGCCGAAGAAAUGGAAGUUUCUAUGACAAAGCCAAAACACAAAGUGACCAUGAACGAGUUUGAAUACCUUAAACUACUGGGAAAAGGCACUUUUGGAAAGGUCAUUUUAGUUAAAGAAAAAGCAACUGGACGAUAUUACGCUAUGAAAAUUCUGAAGAAAGAAGUUAUUGUAGCAAAGGAUGAAGUAGCGCACACGCUGACAGAAAACCGUGUCCUACAGAACUCUCGGCAUCCAUUCCUAACAGCUUUAAAGUAUUCCUUUCAGACACAUGAUCGCUUGUGUUUUGUUAUGGAGUACGCUAAUGGAGGGGAGUUGUUUUUCCAUCUGUCAAGAGAGCGCGUCUUUUCUGAAGACCGAGCUCGGUUCUAUGGAGCCGAGAUUGUUUCAGCGCUGGAUUACCUGCAUUCAGAGAAGAAUGUGGUUUAUAGAGAUUUGAAGUUGGAAAAUCUUAUGCUGGAUAAAGAUGGACACAUAAAAAUAACAGACUUUGGACUAUGUAAAGAAGGCAUCAAGGAUGGAGCAACAAUGAAGACCUUCUGUGGCACUCCAGAGUACCUUGCGCCGGAGGUUCUGGAAGAUAAUGACUACGGUCGUGCAGUGGACUGGUGGGGCUUAGGAGUCGUGAUGUAUGAAAUGAUGUGUGGCCGGCUCCCUUUCUACAAUCAGGACCACGAAAAGCUCUUUGAGCUCAUCCUUAUGGAGGAGAUCAGAUUUCCACGCACAUUGUCACCUGAAGCAAAAUCUCUCUUGUCAGGUUUGCUGAAGAAAGAUCCUAAGCAAAGGUUAGGUGGUGGUCCCGAUGAUGCCAAGGAGAUUAUGCAGCACAAAUUCUUUGCUGGCAUUGUUUGGCAAGAUGUAUACGAGAAAAAGCUUGUACCUCUGUUCAAGCCACAAGUUACAUCUGAAACAGAUACAAGAUACUUUGAUGAAGAAUUUACAGCACAGAUGAUAACAAUCACUCCUCCUGACCAAGAUGACAGCAUGGAUUGUGUAGAUAACGAGAGAAGACCUCAUUUUCCUCAGUUCUCCUACUCAGCCAGUGGAACCGCUUAAUGUUUUGCCAUUCAGAAACAAAACAGACUGCAUUUUGGGGACCUUACUUCAAUGGACACUAGAGAACUUUCUAUAUUAUCUGAAUUACAAACUGUGUUUGUAUUACGAUUUAGAUGACUUUGUAGGAAGCCUCACAGAUUCUGUAUUUAAAACAAUUCUUUGAUGCAUUUUUGAGAAGGAAAACGAAUCCAUUCUUUUAAGUAUUACGUCAAGGCUUUUAUGCUGAAUGACCAUAGGUUUUUAAGAACAUACACCAAAACUGUUUACUUUAGAAAUAAUUAAGGUAUUCAACAUAUCAGCAACUCUGACCAGAAAAUCCCCUUAUUUUAUUUAUUUCAUACAGUUCAUUAUCUAAAUAUAGAAUCUGCACUCUGAACAAUUAGAUUUAUAUAGGAAGAUAUAAGACUUUAGUAGCUAGUGCAAUAAUAUAAGCAACAAAGUGAACAAACUCUGGAGAGUCAAGGUUCAAACUCAUUUUGGACAGCAGUGAAGCAUCAUCUAACUCCAGAAAACCAACUAUAGGAACAGCAUUAAUGGCCUCAGUGAGGUAAAUCAAAAAGCAAAAGUUAUUUUUGUUAUAACAUCUGCUACAAGACAUUACAUAUCAAACUGAAUCCAGUGGGAUUGCCACAUCGUACAGAUGAGUAUUCCAUUCUAGACAGUGCAUUUAAUUAUUCCAUUUGCAUAGAGCUUAGGAAUACUUCAUAGGAUUGGCUUCUCAGAACCUAGAAAAUGCUUGAUUUACCAAUCUAAUAUGAAAUGCAACAAUGAAAAAUCACCCACUUCCACCACUGUACAGAAAUACCACACAGGUCUAAGUGAGAAAUCAUCUUAAUGAGCGAAUCAGCCAGACACAAGUACAUUUUGGCACUGAAGUAAUGACUUGUUGCCGCUUUUUUUUUUUUUUUAUGAAAAGAUAUAUGAAUAUAUAUAAACACUUAAUGAUUUUUUGCAUCAUGCCAGAUCAUUUCUUCUUUCUUGAGUGUGCAUUAAAGGUAUCAACCAACAGUUCAUGGUGCCUUCUCACUCUUGAAGAUUCACUUUAACAGUGUUUUCCCAUGUAAAAAAAAAAAAUAGGUUGAAACUUCAUAUGUGUUUGAAUAAUAAUGGUGUUCAAAAAGUGAACUUUUAUUUUGUUUUUCAUUUUUAAUCUUAGUGGAAAAUUCCCCUCACCCUAUUUUUGUUGUAUCAUGUUUCUUUGUAAUUUUCAUAAAAGCAGUCUUAUUCUGUCUCUGCUGCGAAUGAAUUUAUUCCAUUGUAGGUUGCGUUCUUUAAAUUGCGCUUUUUUUUGUUUUUUUUCAUUCUCUUGACUGUAUAAAAAAUGAUGACAUGUACUCCAGUUAACUAGCAUUUAAUUUUUUUAUUUGAAAGGGAGUAUGUUAUGAAAACCCUCGCUUCUCCUUUCCAUCAGAAACUGCUGUGCUUGCACAGAGAGCCCAUCAUCUUGACUUUUUUUUUUAACAACAUUCAACUCUAGUAUUUUUACUCAUGAUAUGAAAAUUUCCCUCCAAAUACUUAAAUAAAAUUGCUUUAACGA